AUGGAGGGACUACCCAUGCUUCUUACUAUAAUUGCAGAAAUGCUAACAGAUGAAGAUGUAGAGAUUCAGGUGGGUAUUGAAGAACUUGCUGCAAUGUUACCUCAACGCGAAUUAUUUCUUGAACGCAAUCGGGGGCCGACUGACUUUGUCGGUAUCACAGAAUACGUUCAAUAUACCGCGAAUAGGUAUACGGCUAGAUUUUUUAAGCAACAUUUUAGGAUGUCCCGGUUGGCUUUUCAAGAGUUAUUGAGACGAUUUGAUACCUUCCCCGAGGUUGCAAAAAUGAGAUCUUACGUCCCCAAUGACGUUAAACUGUAUUUAACUUUAUGGACUUUGGGCAAUCAAAAUUCAUUUCGUGAAAUUGGUGAUAGAUUUGGAAUGCUCAAAGGAGAUGCUCAUUUCAUAUUCCUAGCAACUUGCAUCACACUCAAGAAUCAUUCAGCCGAUUUCAUUCAUUGGCCGCAACGGCAUGAAUUACAAGAGAUUAGCGAACAAUUUGCUCUACCUUACUCAAUUGGUAUCGUAGACAGUACCUAUAUAAAAAUUUGCCAACCCUUUGAGCAUUUUGCAGCAUACACAUGCCGAAAGAGUUAUUGUGCUAUGAUUCUGCAAUAA